CUGUCGUUAUAGGUAAACAACCGUGUACCGUAAAUGGAAUGAAAGCAUCAAGGUUUCACAUACCAUAGCAGUUUAAGAAGUGUUAGCAUUUUUUAUUCCCGUUAUUCGAACCUACUAAAUUUUGACUAGAAAAUAGUUGAUAAUGGCUGCGACAGUUAGUGCUGGUCAUCCAGGACCAAUGUUUCAUCAAGAUAGCCAACAUGCUGUAGUAAUGCAGCCGGGAUGGCAACCAGUGAAUGUCCAAAGUGGUUCUGCUAAUAGUAAUGUCGUAUACUAUGUGAUGUCUGCACCAGUUAAUCCUCAAACAUCGGCUCGUCCCUCACCGAAGUUCGACUAUGUUCCAAACGACUAUCUACCGUUUUCUAUAGGAACAGCAGUAGUAGUGGGAACACUGUCUCCCAUCACAUUAGUGUUCUCACUGAUCGCCAUCUACUGCUCAUGGAAGAGUAAAGUGGCCAAGCAGGAUGGCGACAUCAAAACAGCAAGAAACAGGGGCAUGAAGGCAGCCUACUUCAAUUUAACAGCCAUUGCAGCUGCCCUUCUAGUUGCUACUAUUCUGAUUGCUGUUGUUUUUGGUGUGUAUGGACCGGAGUACAGCAGGCAGCAAUGUAUUAAUCGCUUGCAAGCACAGGGGAGCUGGCCACCAACCUCAACACGAACAUCUUUUAGUUGUACCUAAAGUGUUACAAUCAUAAGGAUAGAUUCAAUAUUAUUAGUAUAUUUUGUUGGAAAAUGAAUAAUUAUUGUACUCUAUAAGAUCAUGUAGUCCUUUGUAGAUCGCAAAUACAUUACUUGG